AUGGCCACAAGUUUAUCAUCCGGCACACAAUAUCAAAUAACAUUUCCUGCUGAAAUGGGCGAUGUAGCAUUAGUCAACGUAAUAACAACAGGUACGAGUAAUGUGACAGAAAUUGUUCAAGGUGUAGCAUCGGGCUCGAAAUGUGCAUUCCAAAUUGAUGGUACGCUGACUUCAUAUAUCGAUUUUACAACAAAUGAAACUGGUAGCCUUCAACGAAUAAUCAAUCAAGUAUUUGGAAUUCAAUGUCCAGUAUCAUUGUUGGGUGGCAACUCGGUAUCGAGUGAUAUUGUCUAUUCCAAUGAUUUCGAAAUGUGUGCAUACGAUGAAACAUCAGUUUUGUCCAAUGCAUUCUGUGGUCAAUGUUCACAAACGGGAAAUACGUUAGUGGUGGGAAACACUAAAGCAUCCAACUAUCUUUGUUUUGCCUACAAACUGGCAAAUUCUUAUGUGAUUCAAAUCGAUUAUACACUUCAGAUCAAUGGCAAUACAUUGACAACCUACUAUCAGUCUGUGCCAUUUGCGCCAAAUAGCGAUAGCAAUUGGCAUUACAUUUGUAUUGAUUUGUAUGCAAGUUUAGGUUCACAGUCAUCGACGUAUGCUACUGCUUCGUCAAUAACCGUGAUUAAUGCCUAUUUGAAUCGACAAGUACGUAAUGGAAUAAAGAUCGAUGCCGUCUCAUUGCGAAACACACUGCCACUGGGAUAUGAACAACCUAGUCUAUACCCAACAAUUGAUCAAUCAUCAACAUCAUGUGUUUUCCCAUUUACAUACAAUGGAAAAAAUCGUACGAGUUGUAUGCUUGAUAACAACGAUUUACCAAUAUGUACUGAUGCUAACAGCAAUGUUUACACAUGUGUGAGCUCAUCAAUUGAAAGUUUUCGACGAUUAUAUCCCCAGCAUCAAUUAAUCUAUAAUUCAUUACA